AUGCAAGGUCCACUGAACAUUUUGCCUCUAAAACGCGCAGCUCCAAAUGAGUCGCAUUUUAAGGGAAAUAAGAGGAUGAAACAGAGGAAAGAAAAGAUUACUGAUUACUCUGAUCCGUUUGCAAUUCAUGGUUUACUUGACCGGUUAGAUAGUGGAAGAUAUGGAAGCGUUACUGAAGAUAUCCGAUCACUUUUUAAUCGGAAAGCGCAAAUGAUGCAUCCGUUUUUGGUUAUGUAUCCUGAGCUUGCGAACGAGUCACGUGGUCGAGGAAAGAGUUUCGGUGAGGAAAAGUGUAAUGUGAUUGAUUUGGAUGAUGAUGAGGGUGAUGGUGAUUCUGUUGGGAAUGUUGCUGCGGGAAGUCGGCCAGUUGUGGUCAUCGAUUCGGACGAUGAAGAGAGUAAUGCGAAUAGGAUGGUUGGCCAUUUUCAGGGGAUUGUUUUGCCCAAGCCAGAGGGUCAAUUUGUCACUGACCUUAUUGUUAGUGACCAUGCUGGGAGAAGAAUUCGAGGAGAAGUAGUGACUCUUACUGGUGAACCUGACAUCAGGAAAGAUAAAGGUGUGUAUGUUGGUGUGGAGGAGGAUGAAGUUGAAACAGAGAUCGAAGAUGAUGGCCUAGGAGAUAUUUGGAAAGAGAUGUCAUUUGCAUUGGAAUCUUCCAAGAAUGUUGUUGAAAAUUCUCCACCUGAUGAAAACAUGGAAGAAGAUGAAGAUUAUUGCGAGCACUCUUUUUUCUUGAAGGAUGACAUUGGUUAUGUUUGUCGCAUAUGCGGGGUUAUUGAGAGAGCAAUUGAGACCAUAAUUGAGGUCCAGUUUAAUAAGGUCAAAAGGAGUACAAGGACAUACGUGUCAGAAUCCCGGAAUGCCAAGGACAGAGAUUCAAAUGGGAUGGUUGGAGUUGACUUGUUUGAAGAAGAUUUGACGGUGACUGACAUCCCUGCUCAUCCAAGGCACAUGAAGCAAAUGAAACCUCAUCAAGUGGAGGGUUUCAAUUUUCUUCGCAGUAAUUUGGUGGCAGAUAAUCCAGGGGGUGCAUCUUGGCCCAUGCUCCUGGAUCCGGUAAGACAUUUAUGA